CCCCACCGCGCGCGCUCCGCCCGCCCCGGAGCCUCGCCCUCCGCCACGAUGAGCAAAUGAGCGCGAGCGAGGGCAUGAAAUUUAAAUUCCACUCAGGGGAGAAAGUCCUGUGCUUCGAGCCUGACCCCACCAAGGCGCGAGUGCUGUACGAUGCCAAGAUUGUGGAUGUUAUUGUUGGGAAAGACGAAAAAGGCAGAAAGAUCCCAGAAUAUCUAAUCCAUUUUAAUGGUUGGAACAGAAGCUGGGAUAGGUGGGCAGCUGAAGAUCAUGUCCUCCGGGAUACCGACGAAAAUAGGAGAUUACAGCGAAAAUUGGCAAGAAAAGCUGUAGCUCGCCUAAGCACAGGAAGGAAGAAAAAGCGCUGCCGAUUGCCUGGUGUUGAUUCUGUCUUAAAAAGCCUCCCCGUUGAAGAAAAAGAUAAAAGCGAUGAGAACUCUGUAAGCACUUCCUCUGGUGACAGCAGUGAAGACAAGGAUGGCGCAAUAAGUGAAGAAAGUGACAUUGAAGAAAAGACGGAAGUGAAGGUCGGACUGGAGUCGCGCAGGAAGAGGGCGAUGGAAGAGAGAGCAAUAACUAUAGACAUCCCCGACGUUCUAAAGAAGAAGCUGGAGGACGAUUGCUACUACAUCAACAGGAGGAAGCGGUUAGUGAAACUCCCGUGCCAGACCAACAUCAUCACGAUCUUGGAAUCCUACGUGAAGCAUUUCGCUAUCAACGCCGCCUUUUCCGCCAAUGAGCGGCCCCGGCACCAUCACGCUAUGUCCCAUGCCAGCAUGAAUGUGAAUUACAUCCCAGCAGAAAAGAACGUUGACCUUUGCAAGGAGAUGGUGGAUGGAUUAAGGAUAACCUUUGAUUAUACUCUCCCAUUGCUUUUGCUGUAUCCGUACGAACAAGUUCAGUACAAAAAGGUGACUUCGUCCAAAUUUUUUCUUCCCAUUAAGGAAAGUGCCACUAGCAGCAGUAGGAGCCAGGAGGAGCUCUCGCCAAGCCCGCCUUUGUUGAACCCGUCCACCCCGCAGUCCACGGAGAGCCCGGCGGCCGGGGAACUGGCCACCCCCAAGCGGCGCAAAGCGGAGCCCGAAGCCCUGCAGUCCCUGCGGCGCUCCACGCGCCACUCGGCCAACAGCGACCGGCUGUCCGAGAGCAGCGCCUCGCCGCAGCCCAAGCGCCGGCAGCAGGACGCGUCCGCCAGCAUGCCCAAGCUGUUCCUGCACCUGGAGAAGAAAACACCGGUGCAUAGCAGAUCCUCCUCGCCUGUCCCUGUGACGCCCAGCAAGGAAGGCAGCGCGGUGUUCGCCAGCUUCGAAGGCAGAAGAACCAAUGAGAUCAAUGAGGUCCUCUCCUGGAAACUUGUGCCCGACAGUUACCCUCCAGGCGACCAGCCGCCUCCUCCCUCGUACAUUUACGGGGCACAACACUUGCUGAGAUUGUUUGUGAAACUUCCAGAAAUCCUUGGAAAGAUGGCCUUUUCUGAGAAGAACUUGAAGGCUUUACUGAAGCACUUUGAUCUCUUUCUGAGGUUUUUAGCAGAGUACCACGACGACUUCUUCCCAGAGUCCGCCUAUGUCGCCGCCUGCGAGGCGCACUACAGCACUAAGAACCCCAGGGCGAUGUACUAGCGCCCCAGUGGAGAGCUGGGGAGCCCCGGUGGGAGAGGCGAUGCCCACCCUCGGGGGGCACUGGCAGAGGCGGGCCCAGUUAUUUGAGUUAUUCCAUACUGUAGUGAUUUCUGUUCCGUAGUACUUUCUCGAUGCCCGAUCAGCCUCUGACAUCUGACCGCAGCCACUGCACGCGUCCCCUGUGGCGGCAGGAGAGGGCAUUCCGUGUCCCCAGUGAGAUGUCCGGGGAGGUGUGCGCAGGUCCGGCUGUUUCCGUAGGCAUUGGCGUUAUUAGCAAUAACCACCUUUUUUUUUUUUUUUUUAGUUCUUCGUUAGCACUAAGCAAAAUUGUUUUUGCAAACUUGGGAUUCUUAGAUGACACUGAGCAACUCGAACAAAUCUGAGUCUUGCUCGGACACCGCAGAGUAGUCCCCACGUAUUUUAGAAGGAAUUGCUGCCCGGCCAGCUCCUUUCCCGGAGAAGCUGAUUCCCGGUGAUCUAAAGAGAGCGUUGCCUGACUUGUUUGAGAUGUCCCGGCCCUGCCUGGUUGUGUCAUGUGACGGUUCCCGUUCUGUGAGAUGUUAUUUUGGAGGUUCUAAAUAAAGCCGCGCCCGUCUGGUUGGGAAGGGAAGAGCGAGGAGAGAGUU